GGGCGGGGAUCAGACAAGUUAAAGCCAGUGUUCAGCGGGUCAGGAGAAACUGGCCCCAGACUGGGUCAUUUCUUCGGGGAGGGAGGGAUGAAACUUACAAGAACUUUUUGUUAUUGUUUGGGUCGCUUUUGGAGAGUUGGUGGUUGCGCUCGGAAGUAGCAUCCCGAAACUGAGAGGCGAGGGAGUGGUUUGGGGGGGGGGGAGAACAAAACACAAGCAACCAGCAACUUCCUGCCUUCCCCCCAGUCCCUUGCUGUUGGAUGCUGAUCGGAGAGAGUCGGGGUGCGGAGAACCGGCUGCUGUGAAGCCGGGGCCGGCUCCAGAAGGGCUCUCCCCUUGAGGAUCAGGCUGUGUCGCAGCGCCCCAUGGCGGCCAGCAAUGGUGCCCCUACAGCUCCACCGCCCACCCAGCUCAAACACUCCCGCCGGAAGGCGCUCCGCCGCAUCUGCCCCAUCAUCCUGCGAAACAAGGCUCACAUGUGGCGGCUCCAGCACCAUCCCCCAGAGCUGGGCAGUGUCCCCAGAGCCCCUGGCUCACCCCCCACAGCUCCAGCCACCCCCACCAGCGACCCCUAUGGGGAGAUAGUGGAGCUGGCGCUGGGGGAGGUGGAGGUGGCUCCGGAGCCGGCCCAGGAGCCCGGGCCUGGGUGUGAAGAGCUGACCUUGGACCACCUCCUGGAGAUCGUGGCCCAGUUGGAGUACCACACGCACCCCGAGGAUGGGGUGGACAUCUGCCCCCGCUUCCUUCUGGGCUGCUGCUUCUCUGGCACCAGCUGCCCCCAGCACCACACCCUCCUGCCCUACCACUGGCAGCUGAGGGAGAGCACUGGCUGGCGGAGCGUGGGGCCUGACGCCCACGAGACGCUGGAGCGGUUUUACAGUGACCCCGAGCGCACCCGUGUGCGGGCCUCGUACCAGGACGUCGCCUUCGACAUCGACCUGGUGACCAUGCAGGUGCAGAACAGCCCCCACUUCACCCGGAUCCGUCGCCUCAGCACCUCGGCCGCAAGUGGCACCCCCUUCAGCACCACACUGCAGUACUACUGGCAGGGGCUUGGCAGCUGGGAGCCCUACAGCACGCCCUUCACGGAGCACAUCGAGGCAGCGCUGCAGAGCGGUCAGCAGGAGGUGCUGUGCAGCACAGCUGAGCACAGCUACCAGCUGCACCUGCAGGCUGGCUGCCAGCGCAACUUGGCCACCGGCACCCUGCGUCCCCUGCAGGCCCGCCCUGUCUUCCGCGCCCCUGCCUUGCUGCUGCCAGAGCUACGGACCCUCUCCGGCAGCCUGUACCUGCCUCCUCCACCGGCCCCAGGGCCACCCGUGGCACAGCCCUACCCUGAGACCUGGGUGCCGCUCACCCCGGAGCAGGACUGGCACAAGGUGCCCAUGUCGAUCGAAGACCGCGGCUUCCGCCUCAUCUACGGCCUCUUCCACAAGAGCCUGCCCGAGGCACGGUACCGCCUGUUGCAGGUGUGGCGGGUGCCCUGUACCUGCCUCCUCCACCGGCCCCAGGGCCACCCGUGGCACAGCCCUACCCUGAGACCUGGGUGCCGCUCACCCCGGAGCAGGACUGGCACAAGGUGCCCAUGUCGAUCGAAGACCGCGGCUUCCGCCUCAUCUACGGCCUCUUCCACAAGAGCCUGCCCGAGGCACGGUACCGCCUGUUGCAGGUGUGGCGGGUGCAGAACCCGGGUGCAGAACCCCUUUCUGUGGGACAAAUACAAGCGGAAGCAGAGCCACAUGAGCCGGCAGAUGUCUCCAGAGCAGCAGAGGCGGAAUGAGCGUCACCUUUUCCAUGGCACGUCAGCGGGCGCAGUGCCGGCCAUCUGCAAACACAACCUGGACCCUCGCCUGUCAGGGAAACAUGCUGCUAUCUAUGGGCAGGGCAGCUACUUUGCCCGGCGUGCCAGUUACUCCCACCGCUACGCACCCCCCUCGGAGGCCGGCCUGCGCCACGUCUUCCUCUGUAAGGUGCUGGUGGGGCGCUGGGCCCAGGGGCAGGCGGCUCUGCCCCGGCCCCCACCCCUGGAUGCUGGUGACCCAGCCAGCAACCUCUAUGACUCGUGCGUGGACAACUUGAGUGACCCCCAGAUCUACGUAGUCUUCGACAACGACCAGUGCUACCCCUACUUCCUCAUCCAGUAUCGUGAGCUGGAGGAUGUGGUGGCGGUGGACUGAGGGGCAGAGAACCCAGGAGUCCUGCUGCCAACCCCAGGGCUUCUCCUGGCUGAUGAGCAGGCGGGGGAGAACCCAGGAGUCCUGCUGCCAACCCCAGGGCUGCUUCUGGCUGAUGAGCAGGGGGAGAGAACCUAGAAGUCCUGCUGCUGCCCUGCUGGAUUUUCUGACUCUGCUCAAGGGGGGAUGAGGCUGUCCCCCAAGAAUUGAGGGGUAGGAUGGGAACAGGUACAGCCAGUGGAAGGGGCCAGUGGGGCUGUGAGUGUGCGGCGUUGGACACAGCAGGAAGUGAUGUUAGUAGGUACAACCCAUUUGGUCAGGGUAUGUCAGGAAGUGAAGCCAACCAUGGACUUGGCUGUGCGCAGACCUAAAUGUCACAGAUAAAGGCUGCCCCUGGAAAUAAUGUCAUCACAGAGUCAACUGGGUGCAGUGACCCAGGGGCACCGACUUUUAAUGACAUUUAAAAAAAAAACACAAAAAUACCUAAUUUGAGAGGCCUGAGGGAGGCUCCACCCACUCUUCUGAGUGCCCAGAAACUGAAUCAACAAAGCACAGUACCUCCCACUUUGCCAAACCAGCUCUUGAUGCUGGCCAUGUAGGUACCAUCUUGCUUUCCCUGCCCAGCACUGGCACGGUUGCCUGGGACUGGCCCCUGGGCAUCAUCUGCUGCGGAUUUCAUAAGGGAGUGAGUGGGAGGGGAAGAACCUGGCUCCACCAUUCCCCAACCCCAAAGCAAUAAACCAGACACAGAAGCUCAA